AUGAGUUUUGAUCAGCGCAAUGAAUGGGAGACCUUUUUAGUAGAAGCAUUGCAUCGUGAGAGUCCACCGGGAUACAACAAGCCAUCCCUGGCCCAGGUCAUUCAAUGUGACAGAGCAGCCUGGGCGAGACUUGCAAGUACCGUGCACUCGGUGAAGCAGUUGAUCGACGGUAGAUUUCCUGUGGGCGAGGCCCUUUUGGCCCUUCGAGCCGACCCGAACAUCACGCUCUACCUGGCACCAGUUGCCAAGCCUGUGCAGAUUGAGAGACCGAGAGAUUUUCCAAGGCCAGGACCCUAUGGUCAACAGUCCGAAAAAGGCAAAGGCAAGAAAGGUAAAGAGAGAGGUAAAGGUAAAGGAAAAGGUGGUGCUCCGCCAAUGCCUCGUCAGCUGAUCGGCAAGUGGCACAAAACGCCACAGGGUGAGCCGUUGUGCUUCGCAUACAACACAGUCGAUGGAUGCCCAAAUUCGACUACCGUGAAGCCUGGGGAGCGAUGUUCCCGUGGAUGGCAUUUGUGCAUGGAACCCAAGUGUCAGGCAAAGCACAGCCUGACUGAGCACAAACAUUGA